CUAUAUAUACAACAGUGUACGAUAGCGACGGUGGACGGUAGUGUCGGUUGGUGUCGGUAGUGUUGUUUGACGUCUCACACGGCAUACGCGAAGAUUAGCGACGUUACGAGAAAGGAGAAAUCGGCCUUUUUUUUUCAGCAUUAACACUGAUACUGGACCUGUCGCGAGUGCGACUGUCGGUGGAUCAUUAUGGAUCAGGAGGACGUUCUGACGAUACUGAAGAUCCUCAUGAUAGGCGAAUCCAACGUGGGGAAAUCGAGCAUCCUCCUGAGGUUCACCGAGGAUGAGUUCUACGAGAACAUGCAGAGCACGGUCGGGAUGGACUACAAGACCAAGCAGAUCACCAUCGACGGCAAUUUGGUGAAGCUCGCGAUUUGGGACACCGCCGGCCAGGAGCGAUUUCGCACUCUAACGCCGAGUUAUUACAGAGACGGCCAGGGCGCGAUCCUGAUGUACGACGUUACGGAUCGAAACACCUUCGUAAAACUGGAGACGUGGCUCAAUGAGUUAAAUACGUAUUGCAAUAAAACGGACAUCGUCAAGAUGGUAGUGGGCAAUAAGAUAGACCUGCCGAAUAGAGAGGUGAGCACCGAGGAGGGCCUGCAGUUCGCUAGAAGGCAUCAGACUCUGUACAUUGAGAGCAGCGCAAAAACGGCGGACGGUGUGAGGUGUUGCUUUGAGGAACUUGUACAAAAGAUAAUACAAACGCCUGGUCUUUGGGACACUCACUCGACACGAUUGUAUGACAACGGUACUAUGGGUGGUGCGAGGCAUCGAAUGGGAAAGAGAGGAAUGCAGUUGACCAACGAUCCUCAACAGCAGGAUGCAUAUUCAAACUGUUACUGCAGUUUGCUGUAAUCAACUGUGAAAAGUGCUUGUGCCAGCAACAAUAGUGCACCAUUAUGUGUUAAGUUUGAAAAUCUGGUGCGAGAAGGGGCAUUGCAUGUAAUACAGAAAGGGUCAAACGUAACAGUUCACCGCACUUCAUAUUAUACAGGCUAUAUAUUCAGAUUGUGCGAAAACUUGUCCAAAGAUGAGGCAUGUACUUGCUUAUAUCACGUACACAUCUAAAAUGUACAAAACUAUCGUUGGUCGACUAACAAUAAGUUGAAUCUGGCAUAGAGAUGUCGAGCAAAAUUUUGUGUUCGUGUAAAUACAGAUUAACAAAUACUAAAAGAAACGCUCACAGACACACUCAAUAAGACAUUUGUAUGGACUGUAGUCGAGUAGAGUUACGUCGAUCAAGUUUUUGUAAUAAUUAAGGUGAAUUCGAACACUUUUAUAGUCUUUUCGAUUCUGUUUGUCGUUUUAUAUUUUGCACAUAUACGUGCGCUUGACGCAUAUCGUUGUUACAUCUGAAAAAAUGUAUUAUACUGUAAAAAUGUACCUAAGGAUGUUAUUUCGUCGGUUACGUACUAAUUUCUAAGUUCUCUAUAUGAUGUGUGUCUCUUAUCGGAAAUAUAUACUGCACCGAGAAAAAACGGUGAGUAUAUAUUUUAUAGAGAUUACAAUAUAACUAUAUGUGUUAGUGAUAUAUAGUGUAUUGCAGAAUUUGUGUACACACAGAAUGCGAUUUUCUUGCCAGACGAAGCAACUUUGUUCUCUGGCAAAAUUACAUUCGAGCAAUAAUAUAGCAAAAUUUGACGAAGAGCGCUCUAUAAAUUAACGAAUAAAGCAUUGCGCGCUAAACGUUACGCUAUUUUACUGUUUCUCUAAAGAUUUCAUAAUAACUGAACUAUGAUAUCUAAAAUAUAUCGACAUCCAAGUAUCGCUAUUUAGAAUACAACUUACUUAAUAAGCAACAGUUGAAAGUAUAAAAUAAGUAGAUUAGACAAGUAGGUCAGAUACAAAAUGUUUCACGCUUUCUAAAGAUAUGAAUAAGGCUGAUUAAAUGCUUUAAAGUAUGUACAUACUCGAGAGAUGCAGGCCUUUCUUUUGUAUACAUAUAUUUACUCUGGAUAAGAUUUUAGUAUUUUAAGAUGCUUAUAAGAUUUAUUACGAAUUGAAAAUCAAUUGUCAUUUUGCUAUUCCAGCUAUUCCAGCUUCAGCUAGUGACUGCAAGUCCGACAUUGAUUCAGCAAUGCAGUUUGAAUGACUGAUUAUGAAUAAUGCAUAUAAAAAUUCAUAUAGAAUUUAUUAGGCACCAAGAUCCAACUGUAGAAAGCGCUUUCAAAUUUAUUUGUGUUUUCAUCUACGGUCUAAUUCAAAUUAAUAUUGUUAUUAUUUUAUUUUAAUAUGAUAGAAUUAAAAAAUUGUAAUUAAAUCGUAUUCUAUCUAGCGAUAUUUAAAUAUCAUGCAUCAGUUCUUAUGAAAUCUUAAUGAUAAAACAGCGUAUACGUUCAGCGGUAUAUGUUUCACCAUUGUGUAUACGUUCAGCGAUAUAUGUCUCAUCAUUGAUUCAUAAUGCGUAAUUUAGAAGGCUUAUUCACAGCUUUAAAUUGCCUAUUUAAAAACUACUGCUCGAAUACAAUUUUGCCAGCGGAAAAGUUGUUUCUUUCAGCACAGAGAGUCACACGGUAUACAUACCGUGAGCGCGAAUUCCGAGAUAUUCUAUAUAAAUUUACACAUUAUUUAUUUGUACAUAAAUAAAAAAAAAACAUUUUCCGGAA